AUGCCCUUGCCUACAGGAUGGGUGGAUAGGGCUAGGCGUUGCUACUGCGCGUACGGGGCAGACCUAAUUCGAACGGGAUGCAUUCUUCUUUCCACUUCCCCUUCAGUGACGUACAGAGCCGGCGUCUUGUUUCAGCGCUUUCAGAAGGUCGCCGAGAAAGUCCGUCAAAAACGAGGUGACUAUCAAGGAGGAGGUGACGUUCUUGGGGCAGAAGAUAGCGGUGAGCCGGCAGGUGCCGUACAAGCAGUGCCGUAUGUUGUGCCGCCUCACGCUGGAACGGAGCGCCCAUCCUCGGGGGUUCUCGUACUAGGUGACUUGUAUGCCCCGCUUCAGUACUGUCUGGAACACUUGCACAAGCACGACGACAUUGCGUACUUGGCAGCAGCGUGCAUCCUCAUUGCUGCGAAAGUCGAAGGUCCCUCAACGCAGAUUCGCUGCAUUGUGGACAUGUUUAUGCGCCUCAACCAGCGUCGUCGUGAUGAGCCGGUUAUCGAGCAGCUGCGGCCGCCGCCGGAACGGUACGAUGACUUCAAGGCAUGUGUGAUUGAGGCUGAGGAGUUGCUGCUGCAGGCGCUUGGAUUUCAAACCUUUGUGGAAUGCCCGUUCAAAUACGCCAUCUUUUUUCUCGGCGUUAUAGUCGAGAACGAGGAAGUGGAGAGCAGCAACAGCGAUACCACGACAACGGUGGUGAAGAGAUCUGUGUUCUCGGAUACUGCUUCGUUUGUGAAUCCAGCUUUGAGAAAGUGGCUUGAAGAGGCGGUGUCCUGGCUGAAUGACAUUCCCCGUUCUCUGGAACUGUUUGCGGAAGACGUGCAUGUGCUUGCACUGUGCGCACUCCUUGCCACGCAGGGUUCCAACGUCAUUGAAUGUCUCCCCGACAACUGGACCCUGGCGUUCGGAGUGGAACGAUCCAAGAUAGAUACCGUGUUGCGACUCCAUCGUGAUCUUCUUGGAAAAGCUGUGAGUUCUGAAAGCAUCAACGCUCGAGCUCUCUUAGCAGAGCUCCCCGCGCCGUGUUGUAAAACAGAGGCAACCGAAGAGGCAGCGACCCUUGACACAGUGGCUAAUGUACCCGUCGUGGAGAACACGCCAGUUGUUCCCGCGCCGCUGCAGCAGACAAAACCUGCCGACUUGAAUCCUCCCUUGACGGUGCCAAGCCAGGUAAUACCCAUUGUUAACGUGUCACCGUUCGGUGCGCCCAAGCUGGUUCUACACCCCAACCCUGUUGUGGGCAGCAACCCCGUCGUGCAGAGUCUCCACGGUAGCCUAGGCAUUCGUAUCGGCGGGCACAUCAGCAGUAUGUCGCUGGAGAGCCAUCCCACGUCGAUCUUCCCCGAGCAGCCCGAAAAGGAGAUGGUGUUUGAGGACCUGAACGACGCGCGGCGGCGGUGGCGACAGGAGGAGGAGGAGAAGGGAAGGGAGAAGGAUAAAGGGAGGGAGAAGGAGAAGGAGAAGGAGAAGGACGAAAAACAUACGAAACAGAGGCGGAGGAGCAGCAGCCGCCGAAAGCGCCAUCGUUCCGGCGACAGACGUCGAAGCCGCUCAAACAGUCGGCGAAGGGAGGACAGUCGCGAGAGACGAAAGCGGCGGUACUCCUCCAGCGCACACAAGGACAGGGCUCACCGCAGUGAGCAACAGAUGCAACAUCAACAACAUCACCGCUCGAAGGGUGACCACAAAGACGAUAGACAGCGUCAGGCCGACCGGCAGCGCAAUGACACCAGACAUCAGCGUCGCCGAAGGUGA